AUGAAGACGAUGAAGCUAUUAAACGCCACAGUUUCGGUCGCAGUUGCAGCAACGGUUCUUAUGUUAAUGUUGGGAUCAUCAGAUGCUCAACUUCAAAUGAAUUUCUACGCGAAGAGCUGUCCAAAUGCGGAGAAAAUCAUUUCAGAUCAUAUUCAGAAGCAUAUCCAUAAUGGUCCUUCUCUUGCAGCUCCUCUCAUCAGAAUGCACUUCCAUGACUGCUUCGUCAGGGGAUGCGAUGGAUCAGUGUUGAUAAAUUCGACAUCAGGGAACGCAGAAAAAGAUUCAGCACCGAAUCUAACACUUAGAGGAUUCGGCUUCGUUGAGAGGAUUAAGACUCUUCUUGAAGCAGAGUGUCCUAAAACCGUUUCAUGCGCUGAUAUCAUCGCUUUGACCGCUAGAGACGCAGUUGUUGCAACCGGAGGCCCUUCGUGGAGAGUCCCGACAGGAAGAAGAGACGGGAGGAUCUCAAACACGACGGAGGCUUUGAACAACAUUCCGCCGCCGACUAGUAACUUCACGACGUUACAACGACUUUUCGCUAACCAAGGCCUUAAUCUCAAAGACCUUGUCCUGCUCUCCGGGGCACACACGAUCGGUGUCUCGCAUUGUUCUUCCAUGAAUACACGUCUCUACAACUUCUCGACGACAGUCAAACAAGACCCAUCUCUAGACACCGAGUACGCAGCGAAUCUAAAGGCCAACAAAUGUAAAAGCCUCAAUGACAACAGCACCAUCCUCGAGAUGGAUCCCGGUAGUCGUAGAAGCUUCGAUCUCAGCUAUUACAGGCUUGUUCUAAAGAGGAGAGGUCUCUUCCAGUCUGACUCUGCCCUGACGACUAACUCAGCUACGUUGAAAAUGAUCAACGACUUGGUCAACGGUUCUGAACAGAAGUUUUACAAGGCUUUCGCUAAGUCAAUGGAGAAGAUGGGGAGGGUUAAAGUGAAGACUGGCUCAGCCGGCGUGAUCAGGACACGGUGUUCUGUUGCCGGAAGUUAA